AUGGCCGCCUCCUACAUAGCACUCUUGCUCAUCCUCGCCGCAGUUGCCCCACGCCCCUCCUCCGCGCGGCACGUCGUCUCCUUCAUCCCUAGUCGCGGCGUCUCCCCCUCCUCCCUGGCCUGGGACCCCACCGCUCAGCACUUCGUCGUCGCCGGCGGAGGCGACGCCGUCCUUUCCGUAUCCGACGCCGGCGUGACCGAAUUGAUCGCGUCCCCCGGUGCCUCCGCAGUCGCCGUUGACGACCGCCGCCGUCGCCUCAUAGUAGCGUCCGCCGGUUCCGUCUCCGCUUUCGACCUCCGCACCCCUCGGCCCCAUCGCCUCCUCUUCUCCACCACGCUCCCCGACCCCGCCGCGCCCGGCGGCGUCGCCGUGGACCCACAAUCUGGCGUCGCCUUCCUCACCUUGGGCGCCCAAAUCUACAGCCUUUCCACUGACGGCGACCUCGCCGCGCUCCCUGCUUCGCCCGUCUAUGGCUCGGAGCCCCUUUCCUCCCUCGCCGCACACGUGAGCCGGGGGUUCCUCCUCGUCGGCCGUCCCAGCACCGGCCACCUCCUCCGCGUCGACAUGGAGGACGGAUCCGCAAGAGACGUUUCAGGGCCCUUUACGCCCCCCACGCCGGUCGCCGUCGCGGUGCGGAGCGAUGGGAUGGUGGCGGUGGGCGGGGCCGCGACUCUGCGCCUGGUCGGGAGCAACGACGGGUGGGUGUCUUGCGCGGAGCAUGACGUGGGGGAACCGGACGGCUCCGUCGCGGCGGUGGCGGUGGCGGUAAGGGAGCGGAAGCGGGUGUACGCGCUGGUGGAGGCGGAGGUGGAGGGGAAGAGGGAAUGGCGGAUCGAGGAGGUGGAGUGGAAAAAGGAGGGGGAGGGGGAGAUGGUGGCGCUGUUAAUCUUGGUCGGCGCCGCCCUCGCCAUCUUCAUGUUCUGGAGGUUCCAGAUGCGGCAGCUCGCCGGCAACAUGAACAAGAAGAUCAGAUAG